UACUUCCGGUGGUAUUGAACGCGGCCUCUGGCGAAGCCGGAAGAAUGCGAUACCUCACGCUUCCGAAAGUGCUUGCAGCUCCGGGAGCAGUGAAAGCGGAGCCUUGUGUGUACAGGUUAGUCGGUUCCCUCCUGCCCAGUAGCAUGGGUCAUCGUACUUUAGCCGCCGCCCCAGCCCUCUGGGCCUCCAUCCCUUGUCUACGCUCUGAGCUGCGCCUGGACCUGGUUCUGGCUUCUGGACAGUCCUUCCGGUGGAGGGAGCAAAGCCCUGCGCACUGGAGUGGCGUGUUGGCGGACCAAGUAUGGACACUGACCCAGACGGAGGAGCAGCUCUACUGCACCGUGUACCGAGGGAACAAGGGCCAGGUAGGCAAGCCCACACAAGAGGAGCUGCAGGCCGUUCGCCAGUACUUCCAGCUGGAUGUCAGCGUGGCUCAACUGUAUUACCACUGGAGUUCUGUGGACCCCCACUUCCAAGAGGUGGCCCAGAAAUUCCAAGGUGUGCGGCUUCUGCGGCAGGACCCCAUUGAGUGUCUUUUCUCCUUCAUCUGCUCCUCCAACAACAACAUUGCCCGCAUCACUGGUAUGGUAGAGCGGCUCUGCCAGGCCUUCGGACCUCGGCUCAUCCAGCUUGAUGAUGUCACCUACCAUGGCUUCCCUAGCCUACAGGCUCUGGCUGGGCCCAAGGUGGAGGCCCACCUCCGGAAGCUGGGCCUGGGGUAUCGUGCCCGCUACGUGAGUGCCAGUGCCCGAGCCAUCUUGGAAGAACAGGGUGGGCCAUCCUGGCUGCAGCAACUGCGUGAGGCCCCCUACGAGGAUGCCCACAAGGCCCUCUGCACCCUGCCUGGGGUGGGCACCAAGGAAACUUCUUCCGGAGUCUCUGGGGACCUUACGCUGGCUGGGCACAAGCGGUGCUGUUCAGUGCUGACCUGCGCCAACCCCACCGUGCUCAGGAGCCACCGGCAAAGCGCAGAAAGGGGUCCAAAGGGCCAGAAGGCUAGGUGGGGACUCUGGACAAAGGAAUCCCCAAACGUGUUCCCCCAUUUCUCUUCCCCCUCCCCACCCAGGUGCAUGUUGGGGUGGGGGCUCCCUGCAGCUAUUGUCUUCCAAUCUUCAGGCACCCCCAAAUCAAGCAGUCAGUUUGUACAACAGGGUUGGAUGGAGGCUAUCGGGAGACAGAGCUACCUGUGGUUUUAUCCUCUUCCCUUUAUUACAAGAAGGAACAAUAAAAUAGAAACAUUUGUAUGGAAAAUGCAAUGGAGGAGAAGUAGGGAAGGGAGUGGGCCAGGAUAA